AAAUCUUAUCAGCUGUCUUCUGUCAUACAGUUUUGUGAUCUUUAGAAUCAAAAUGGCGGUCCUAGCAGCAGCCGCUUUGUUAGAUGAGCUAAUGGGAAGAAACCGCAAUAUUUUGCCUAAUGAGAAGGUAAAAGAGCUCAAUUGGGAGGACAGCGAAUAUUGCAAGUACUUCUUGGUGAAGUUCUGCCCCCAUGACCUGUUCGUCAACACGAAAGCCGAUCUAGGAAGCUGCCCCAAAGUGCACGACGAAGAAGUGCGCAAAUUAUUCGAAAAAUCGAAAGGUCACAGGAAAAUACAGUACCAGGAGGAGUUUAUUAGGUUCUGCAGUAACAUGGUAAACGAAGUCGAACGGCGUAUACAGAAAGGGCGUCAACGUUUGGCGUUAAACAAUAAACAGGAAAUACCGCCUUCGAAUCCGGCCCAAAUCCAACGUAAUUUAGAACAGAUUAACUUAUUAAACGAAAGAAUAAACGGAUUGGAAAGGGAAGCCGAGCAAGCCGGUAACGAUGGCAAUGUCGAGCAGGCUCAACUUAAGGACGAACGUGAUACUCUAAAGAAACAGAACGAAAACGGCCAUUGGAGUGCAACCGCCGAACUGGCAGCCGCUCAAGAAAAGCAGAUGGAGGUUUGCGAAGUUUGUGGCGCAUUUUUAAUCGUCGGAGAUGCGCAACAGAGAAUUGACGAUCAUUUGAUGGGCAAACAACACGUUGGGUAUGCGAGAUUAAAAACUGCAGUCGAGGAAAUUACGGGAGCUGUGCAGUCCGCCCGGGACGAGAGGCGAAAUAUUAAAGAUGAGCGCAAAGAUAAAAAGGAGGGGGAUCGAGAUAAAAUGGAACGGAAAAAGGAAUUUCGUGAUCGAUCUGAACAUAGGUCUGAGAGGAUGUCGACGGAGUGGCGCGAGAAGGACAAGAAGGACAGAGUGGAGAGACGUGACAGAGAUCGUGAAAGGGACAAACGCGAACGAGACAGAAAGCAUAGGGACCACGACCGCGAUUCCGGGAGAGACUCGAGAAGUUCACGUCAUUCUCAUCGUCAUUAGUUGUUAUUGACCAGUAAGGCCACUCCACUCAGGUAGGUGGUAUUCUUAUUGUUAUUCUGCUUCUUUUACAGCCUGACAGCAGGUUAGUGAUGUCUUCCCGUUAAUUACUCAAUUUCGAAAAGAUGGGGUUACACUUUUUCGAUUACAUGUUUUUCAUAACCCCAGCUUGGAGAAAUACAUGAAUUUUUUCUGAAAGCACUAAACGCACCUAAACGCAUUUCGUAAUUAAAAGUGUUUUUGCGAUGUGCUUAGAGCUUUCAAUUUUGUAUUAAAAUCCAUUUCCAAUAUAGUGCAACAUCGGAUCAUCCACGCUCAUACAUUCUGUUUGUUUUUUUGUUUUAUUUUUUAAUAAAAUUGUUGGUUUAAAUAUCUGGUCUUACACCAUUAGUUGAUGUUUUCAGCGGUAGCAGUCGGUCGAGUAAUGGCCAGACAGAUAUUCGAUUCUUAGUUUCGUACGUGCCUUUUUAUUGAGGUAUUUAUAGUAUUGACAUUUGUUAUAUCUCUCUCUGACACCAUUUGUUUGUUGUAUUUCCUGUUGCAAUCUUCUUUAAAACAUGAGGUAUUUAUAUGUAAACCGAGAUGCAAAUAUGCUUUACCUUUUUGUAUUUUUUUUGUUUUAUGUGUAAAUUUAUUUUUUUAUCGAGAGAAUUUAAAGCAUAUUUGCUGUAAACUCUACCUCCUCACAAUAGCCCGGUGCCACAAACUGCCUUGACAAUUAUCACACUUGGAUCUUUGCAGUUGACACAGCAAAACAGGUGAGCCUAUCAAAUCAAGUUACAAUGGUUACAGUGGUCGACUUGGAAAAUGGUUUCCGCACCUUUUUAACUAUGGAUAUUUGCUUCAAGAUUACGAGGUGACACUUUUGUUUUUUUUUUAAUAUGCUCACACUGUAGUUCAAUUAAAUUUGACGUAUUAUUUAUUAGUUUCGAAACGUACCUAUUUAUCGAAUAAACGUUCUGUUUAGUUCUAGAAAUGUUCAUGAUAUGUGUCCUUUAACCAAAAUAAAUACGUGCAAAUAUA